AUGGAGUCGUCGUCUUCAGUACUGAUCGAUGAUCAAGAAAACAACGACGAUUUGGGCGUCGGAAGGUCCUACGAGUGUGUCUUCUGCAAGAGGGGUUUCAACACCGCGCAGGCCCUCGGCGGCCACAUGAACAUCCACCGGAAAGACCGCCGGAAUAAUAAGACGACGGCGGCGACAAACCCUACCAAACAUGAAAAGCCUCUAAGACUUCCGUCUCCGGAUUACGCCAAUUAUAGCCCUCUGCCGCCGGCGCCGCCGCCAGCAGCCAGGCAAUUCAGCCAGCCGCCGGCGGCCGGCGAUUGGCGGCGGAGCUUUGAGUUUGGGACUAGAGAGGGUUUGGAAGAGGGCAUGAACCAGAAACAGGAACUGGAUUUAGAGCUUCGACUUGGCUAUGGAUAUUCUUGA